GCUCUCGUCACAAACACGCUAUCUGGGGCACUGUGUAUCAAUGGAUCUUUACGGAGUGCGUUCGUAUUGAGAAGCGUGCGGUGCGUCGACCUAUAAAAAGGAGUGUGGCUUGGAGCACUGGACCAGACUUUCCCCAGUUCUGUUCUUGAGGUGCGAGGGAGACUCCAGAGAGAGAUACUGAGCAAUAUGGGGGGGACUUUCCGAGAGCAGCUGUUCUUUGUUAUGUUAUGUCUGUCAGUUCUCAAGGGAGACGCCAGGUACAUGGAGGAAAAUGAGAUCACUCCAGAAGGAUUAUUUUCACUCCUUAAUUCAGAACUCAAAAGAGAAAUACCAGAGGAAUUAAUUUACAGCCGACCUCUCCGGUGUCUGGACAUGGUGGCAGCAGAGGGUCAGUUCACCUUCACAGCAGACCGGCCUCAUCUCAGCUGUGCUGCUUUCUUCAUCGCUGAGCCCAACCAGGUCAUCAAUGUGGAGUAUGACAGCGUUGACAUCGACUGCAGAGGUGGAGACUUCAUCAAGGUGUUUGAUGGCUGGGUGAUGAAGGGAGAGAAGUUCCCUAGUUCCCAGGAUCACGCCCUGCCGCUGAUGGAACGCUACGUAGACUACUGCGACUCCGGGACUGUCAGGAGAACCGUACGGUCAUCUCAGAACGUUGCAAUGGUGUUCUUCCGCGUUCACACCAUCGGCAGCUCCUUCACGCUGACUGUCAGGAAACCCAUCAACCUUUUCCCCUGUAACAUCAUCUCCCAGACACCAGAGGGCAGCUUCACCAUGGUGAUACCCCAGCAGCACAGGAACUGCAGCUUCUCCAUCAUCUACCCCGUGGAGAUCAAGAUCGCUGAGCUCAGCCUGGGACACCUCAACGACUUCCCAAUCAAGAAGUCCAUGCCAGGCUGUGCUGGAGCAGGGGACUUUGUGGAGCUGCUGGGAGGGAACGGGAUGGACCCGUCUAAGAUGUUCCCAGUAGCUGACCUCUGCUACAACUUCAACGGCCCCGCCCAGAUGAAGAUCGGUUGUGACAACACUGUGGUGAGAAUGGUGUCCAGCGGUAGGUUUGUCAACCGGGUGGCGUUCCAAUACCGGCUGCUGGACCGGCAGGAGCUGCAGAGGAUCAAGGUGAACAGUGUGGAGGAUUUCUGCUUCACUGGCUGAGCUCUCCCUAUCUAUCUCUCCACCUCCUAUAUAUACCACCUAGCUAAUGGGGACCACCCAUCACUGGCUGCCAAAUCUACCAUGAGACUGAUUACAGAAAGAAUCCCGAGGAUCGCCAUAACGUUCUGUUCUGUACUCCUUUUUGAAUUUAAAGAGAUUGAUUUAUUUUUUACCUCAUUCGUUUGUUUUCUUCACUAUAUGUUAAAUGAAUUGUGGCUGGCGCUCAAGCUUAAUAAAGUGUUAUUUUGUGUUUGUGGGCAGUUCUGCUAUUGGUUUGAUUCCGUAUUUCUGUUGUCUAAGUUGUGUGAUUAUAUGAAUGCCAGUGAAAACAGACCAGUGAGGGUGUUAGCAGGGUGUUUUGGUUCACGUUCUUUACAAGGAAGGGUGUUGAAAAAUGGAAUGUUUCUUUCUAUUUAUUUUGUGAGACGAUGUGUGUCGUUUUGGGACUGUGGCCGGAGGCAAGUGUUCAAUAGAGUAUGUUAAAUACAUGUUAAUUGCUGUUAUCUAUAUUUAUUUGUAUCAAACUAUUUUUUUGUAAUAAAACUGAGCUGCAUGAUUAAGCA